GAGCUCGAGAGGGAGCAAUGGCGGAGGUGCAGAGAAGAAGGCCGAUGCCACCAGGACCGCCGAGAGGCCCUGUUGGUCAUAUGCAGACCAAGACCGUUGCUAGAUCGGAACCCAUCGAUCGCGAGAAGACAUGUCCACUGCUGCUUCGUGUUUUCACCAAGGUGGGAGGGCAUCAUGCUGAGAGUGAAUUUGCUGUGAGAGGGAAGGAACCUAAAGAUGAAGUCCAAGUUUAUACCUGGAUGGAUGCUAGUCUACGCGAACUCACUGAUCUGGUUAAAGAAGUGGCACCUGAAGCACGAAAAAGAGAUGCUGUAUUAUCAUUCUCAUUUGUCUAUCCUGAUAAAAAUGGCCGAUUUGUGGUUAGAGAGGUAGGAAAAACGUAUUCCAUCCCAAGUGGGAGACGACCAGAUGAUGGCAAUCAAACACUAAGUGAUCUUAAAUUUGAGAUCGGUGACUACUUGGAUGUGUCAAUUCAAUUUCAACGAUCUGAAACUUCUUGAAUGAAAUUGGGAAGUCAUCUGUGUCCUGUAGCCUUUGUUCUGGGAUUGUAUCUUGUUUUCCUAGUUUCUAUACCUAUGUUUGACGGGUGGUAAUAUGGAUUCUGGUGUAGUAGUAGGAGACAACUCUCUAUGCUCAGUAAUUUGGAAUUACUUUUUAUUUUGUGAUGUUUUGCAUUACCGUUUUCCGAGUAUUGUUCAUGACUUCAUGGUGCUCCUGGUCCUAAGCAUGGCGAUUUGUAUAUUCGCCUUCCUUACCUCCACGAUUCCGUCCGGAUCAUAUAAACCCGGACAGGCUUUGUCUAGAUUACGAAAUUCGUC